UUUUCUCACUCUUCAGCCUCUCAAAUCUCAUCCUUUGUUCCUUUUCAUUUAAAUUCCCAUCAUCCGCUCAAAGAUCAGCAAGUUCAUUUCUGAUUAUACUUGUAUUAGGCCAAAAGCUCCCCUUGUCUACGUACGAAAUAUCAAAAAAUGGAUCCCUCCCAUUCAACUGAUCAGACCGAGAGUGCUAGUAGUACUGAUCACUUAGCAACAGUUUUGAUAGGUGGCAUGGAACUUGAUGUAUUUCAUGCUGCAAAACAAGGCAACCUUGAGGCCCUCCGGGAUCAUGCAGAACAUCUUGACCUAAAACUGACUGCAACAAAUAACACUGUCCUUCAUAUUUAUAUAGCGUGCAGCCCGACAUCUGCACAAGAAGAAGUGGAGUCAACCGGGAUUGUGGAGGAUAUCCUUCAAAUGUGUCCCGCACUACUAUUGCUACACAAUAAGAGUGGUGAGACUGCCUUACACAUUGCGGCGAGACGCGGGCUAGCAGGUAUAGUUGGAGUUCUUAUCGACCAGGCUGCAAAAGUUCGUCACCCUGGCGACCUUGAGCAAGGUCGAGUCUUAACAGAAGAAGAAGCCUGCUUGCAGAAGCAGAUGCUCAUUAGGAAAACCAACAACAACAAGAAUACAGCGUUGCACGAAGCAGUGCGUUUUUGUCAACCUUCGGUGGUGGAGAUAUUGACCAAAGAAGACCCCGAGUUUUCCUACGCUGCUAAUGAUCUAGGCGAAACUCCCCUUUAUUUAGCUGUUGAGAGGGGCUAUCUUCCUUUGGUUUCUAAAAUGCUCAGCAAUUGCAAUGUUCCAACGUACAUUGGCCCAAACGGUAGAACGGCGUUGCACGCUGCAGUGAUUCGCAAGGAUGAAGGAAUGAUGGAGGAACUAAUAAGAGCCGAUAGGACUUUGAGCAAAGCAGCAGACGAACUAGGAUGUACUCCGCUACACCUUGCUGCACGUUUUGGUCCCCUUUCAAUUGUUAAGCAACUGCUUGCAAAUGAUAGAUCUAUUGCUUACAUUGCUGACAAGGAUGGCGCUACAGCUCUUCACUUUGCGGCUUCCGAAGGCAAUCUAGAUGUAAUGAGAGUGCUUAUUUCUUAUUGCCCUGAUUGUUGCGAACUGGUCGACAACAAAUUUCAGAAUGCUCUUCACUAUGCCACAAGGAACGGUGGAUACCAAAUAGUAGGAUACGUUUUAGCAGAUGCAUGGCUUAGCAACAUCCUGUUAAAUGCCAUGGAUAUUGACGGGAACACACCCCUUGCUCAUUCUCCCUACAGCAUGCUGUUUACUGAGUGUGUAUAUGAUGCUAAAGUUGAUAUAAUGGCAUUCAACAAGGAAAAUUUAAACGUUUUAGACAUCAUUCUAGCUAACGAGGACAAGAUAUCAUUACUGCAGAAAGAUUUGAAAAAACCAAUGCAACGGAGGGGUAUUAAACCAAGUCUUAGAAUUAAAAACCCAAAAGGCAAUAACGACAAUAAGGUGGAGGAAAAUCAAAUAAGCAAGGACAUUGGAAAAGGUUUACAGAAAGCAAAGGAAACUCAUCUGGUAGUGGCUACAUUGAUAGCAACUGUAACCUUCGCAGCAGGUUUUACCAUGCCCGGUGGAUACCAAAGUGAAAAAGGACCGAACCAGGGUUCCGUCUUUCUGUCAAGAAACGCAGCGUUCAAAGCAUUUGUUAUAACUGAUACAAUAGCCAUGGCCAUGUCUAGUUGUUCUGUCCUAGUGCUCCUUUAUUCCUCAAUUCACACAAAGGCAAAUUUCAAGAACCAGAUAUUUGGGACGUUUCACUUGGCAGUGUCUUUGACAAUGUGGGCUUUGGUUGCAAUGGUUGUUUCAUUCAUUACCGGCAUAUAAGCGGUCUUGGGUGGUCUUUCUCCAGGACUUGCCGUUGCAGCUUGUGUGCUUGGCUGCAUUUUCUUCUUUGUCUUUGCAAAUUCUCUUCUUUCUGCUGAAAGAAAAUUACUAAAGGCGCCACAUUUCCUGGACGACAUGGUUCGCGACUUUUGGGUGCUGAUACUUUGCUCGUUAUUUGCUAUUAGCGUUAAAGUGUCGGAGAUGGUCGCUUCAUCACUAAUAGCAUCAAUUCUGUCUCCAGUUGUGCAAUUAAUAAGCGUGGGGCUUUUCUGCAAAAGACCUCAAUGCAAUUAAAAGUGCAACUAUUUAAUAUAAAUUGGGAUUUGUUUUGUAAGGUUGCCGAGGAGAGACUUUUUUCUUUAUUCAACAGUUAGUUCAUUAGUGGGUUUCUUGAUGGAGAAUUAACCAAAUUUCAGCUGUUGAAUAGAGUCAUGAAUAAAGAUUAAUAAUGAUAGAAAAGUUUGUACGAAUAUGAGCAUGAUAGUAAGUUGAU